AAAUUUUGUGCACACAUGCAACGAAAGAAUCCAUUAAAGCUUAAACAGUUGGAGACACAUGCAGUAAUACGAAGACCAACUGAUAGGCUCUUCCCCUUCCCUUUCUCUGCUCAUUUUGGGAGAGAGAGACUGAGAGUGUCACUUGUGGUUUCUUAUUAAAAUCCACGCUGAUUUCUCUCUCUGUUUCUCUCCCUCUCCAAUCCUUCUCGCAUUCAACCUCCAAUUUUAUCUCCCAAUUGAUAAAGGAUAAUACCGGGAAUUAGAGGAAAAGAUAAAGAGUGAAACUUGGAUAUUCUGGGACUGUAAUUGGUACCAAAGUUGGUUCGUUAUCCGAUCUUCUGAUACUUAUAAGGGUUUCUUGAAUUUUACGCAUUGCGUUCAAAACCCACCUCAGAAAAUGGAACGAAGCUUUCGACUUUUCACGAUUUUUCUGAUUUUGGGCUCAGCUUGUGCUCAUAUCGGUGGUUUUGGGGAACAGCCACUCUCCAAGAUUGCCAUUGAGAAAGCCACUCUCGACCUCCAUGACUCGGCCUCCGUUAAAGCCUUUCCUCCUGUUAUCGGCUUACAGGGUGAGGAUACCCAAUGGGUAACUGUGGCUCUUGAGUACCCUAAUCCUGCUGCAGAUGAUUGGGUUGGAGUUUUUUCUCCUGCAAAAUUCAACUCAUCAACGUGCCCACCAGUAGAUGAUCCCGAAGAACAAAAACCCUAUAUAUGCUCUGCCCCUAUAAAGUACAAGUAUGCAAAAGACUCCAAUCCAGAUUAUACAAAGACUGGCAAAGCUUCUUUGAAGUUUCUGCUUAUAAAUCAGCGUGCAGAUUUCUCAUUCGCAUUAUUUUCAGGGGGGUUGUCAAAUCCAAAGCUGGUGGCAGUUUCAAACUUCAUAUCAUUUGCCAAUCCUAAAGCACCUGUAUAUCCACGUCUUGCUCAAGGGAAGUCUUGGAAUGAAAUGACGGUAACUUGGACAAGUGGCUACGACAUAAAUGAAGCUAUUCCAUUUGUUGAGUGGGGUAUAAUGGGGGAACUUCGAACGCGAGCCCCAGCUGGAACAUUGACAUUUGAUCGUAGCAGCAUGUGUGGUUCACCUGCUAGGACUGUUGGGUGGCGCGAUCCUGGUUUCAUACAUACAAGUUUCCUGAAGAAUAUGUGGCCAAACGUUGUGUACAUCUACAGGAUGGGCCAUCGUUUAGUUGAUGGUUCGUUUAUUUGGAGCAAGUUCUACUCAUUCAGAUCAUCUCCAUAUCCUGGACAGGACUCCUUACAGCGUGUCAUAAUAUUCGGUGACAUGGGGAAGGGUGAGCGUGAUGGUUCAAAUGAGUACAGUAAUUACCAGCCUGGUGCACUGAACACUACCGAUCAAAUCAUCAGGGAUUUGAACAACAUUGACAUUGUUUUUCAUAUUGGAGAUCUGUCAUAUGCAAAUGGGUACAUCUCACAGUGGGACCAAUUCACAUCACAGGUGGAACCCAUUGCAUCAACUGUGCCAUAUAUGGUUGGCAGUGGUAAUCAUGAACGUGAUUGGCCUGAUUCAGGGUCCUUUUAUGACCAAAACGAUUCAGGUGGAGAAUGCGGUGUGCUGGCUGAGACCAUGUUCUAUGUUCCAGCUGAGAACCGAGCAAAGUUUUGGUAUUCAACUGAUUUUGGGAUGUUCCGCUUCUGUGUAGCUGACACUGAACAUGACUGGAGGGAGGGAUCUGAGCAGUACAAGUUCAUCGAGAAUUGCCUUGCAUCUGUGGAUAGACAAAAGCAACCUUGGUUGAUCUUUUUAGCUCAUCGGGUGCUGGGCUAUUCCUCUAACUGGUGGUAUGGGCAGGAGGGCUCAUUCGAAGAGCCAAUGGGAAGGGAAAGCUUGCAGAAACUUUGGCAGAAGUACAAGGUAGACAUUGCAUUUUAUGGCCACGUCCACAACUAUGAAAGGUCGUGCCCCAUCUACCAGAACCAAUGCGUAACGUCAGAAAAAUCGCACUUUUCCGGCACAUUCAAAGGAACAAUCCAUGUUGUUGUUGGAGGGGCAGGGAGCCAUUUAUCUGACUUCAGCCAAGUGAAGCCUAAUUGGAGUAUUUACAGAGAUUAUGACUACGGAUUUGUGAAAUUGACCGCAUUCAAUCACACAUCUCUCCUCUUUGAGUACAAGAAAAGCAGCGACAGUAGUGUCCAUGAUUCCUUCACCGUAUCAAGGGACUACACCGAUGUAUUGGCUUGUGUACAUGACAGUUGCGAACCAACCACCGCUGCGUCCUAGAAUUAUAACACUGUCUUCAAAUUCUUUUCUAUUUCAUUUGGCUGCUAUAUAUCAUGUAACAUAUGAUGCUUGCUUGCUUAUUAGUUCAACUUUGUUGACUAUUAGAUGUGUUACAAGAGGAAUGCAAUUAUCAAUUGGGGUAUAUUAUCAA